GGGCAAUUGGAGACUAUGAAUGUUUUAUCAGCAAUAUCGGGCCUGAAACCCCACAACGAGCAAGACUAUGAUGAAGAGAUGACUGUGGGACAGGCGAUCAAGAAACUGAAGAUAAAGAAAUCUGGAAAAGCCCCUGGAUCACGACUUCAAAGGUCUCUUAGUGCGAAAUCUAGGAAACGCCUGCAUUCUUCUGACUCUGGUGGAGUGGACCAUGAGUUUGACGAUCUUGAGAUGCAGGUCGUACGUUAUAAGCCGGAGGGGCUGGAUACGCUCUGCCGAAAUACCAAAUUCUCUCGGAAAGAGCUGCAGAUAAUGUACAGAGGAUUUAAACAGGAAUGUCCAACAGGAAUAGUCAACGAAGAGACGUUCAAAGAAAUCUAUGGCCAGUUCUUUCCUCAGGGUGAUUCCAGCGCGUAUGCACACUAUGUCUUCAAUACUUUUGACCACGACAGGAAUGGAACCAUCAGUUUUGAGGAAUUUGUCAUGGGGCUAUCAGUAUUAUCUCGUGGAACUCUACAAGAACGGUUACAAUGGGCUUUUGGUCUGUAUGAUAUUAACGGCGAUGGCAUCAUAACGAAGGAAGAAAUGAACGAUAUAGUGUCAGCUAUAUACGAAAUGAUGGGCAGAUUCUCAGAACCAACCGUAGACGAAUCAACAGCGCGAGACCAUGUCGACAGAGUAUUCCAGAAAAUGGAUUUAAAUAAAGAUGGCGUCAUAUCAUUAGAAGAGUUUAUGGAUACAUGCCGGAGGGAUGAAAAUAUAACUAAAGGCAUGGCAAUAUUUGAUACUGUACUUUAGAUAUUUAUAAAAAGAACUAAUAUUUAAAAUGACAAUUCACAAUUGGCUAAAAUACUGACCAGGUGUGGGGAUCCCUGCCGCUCUGAGUUGAGAAUGAUGUGUAACUGGCAGACAAACUGAGUGAGACGUUCCGCGGAGUGUACAUUUUCAAACAUUUAUAUCACCUCAGUGGUGUAGAGUACAUAUAUAUGUGUACUCUCCACGCCACAAUCAAACAGAUGGAAUGUUUCAUCAGCACAAAGCCCAAUUCUUUUUUAUACGAUCUCGAAUGUUUGUCACUGAAUGAACUUGCAUAAUUUGAAUGAUGUGAUAACCUUUGCGUCUGUUUGCAUACUUUUACAAUAAUGAUGAUAUUUACUAACCACUGAAGUUGAUUGUCACUGAUGAACGCCAUUUUGUCUAGCUACGAAAUCUUGCCUCCAAAUGGGGCGAAGACCUUGCUAAGGUUACCCGAACGUUUUUAGGUGAACAUUUGAUCACGAUGGACUUCAGUAGCACUUUUUUUCCAUUUUUUGUGAUUUAAUGUGUAAAUGCAGUAUGUUUUCCACUUAAAAUAAAUGCACCAAAUGUUGAGCUUCCGACUUCACUAAUAACCAAAGACAACAAAAAUUAGAUAAAGAAACAGUACUAGUCACUUUCCACAGUAAUGAGGAAGAAAACGAUACAGAAUUACAAUUUAAAAGUAUGCUUUGAUAGAUAAAAAAUAAAAUAAAAAUGAACUUUACUACCAGAAGCACGAAUGCACAUAUCAGGUUGUCUUUAGCUGCAUACAUGAAAGCUAUAAAUAAUUCAAAUAUAAUUCAGCAGGUGCUUUCUUUCUUUCGAUAAGGUACGGGCAUUAGUUAAUGCGUGUGGUGCCUCCUGAGAUAUGCUGUAGCACGUAUUGCCAAACCAUAGAAGUAGAUUCCCUGUUGUAUUACUCAACCUCCAAAACUUGUGUGCUGAAUACAUUGACUUAUUGAAGUACGUUCGUAAUAUUGACACAAAUUGAUCAUAUGGACGUAUGUUGGUUGUGCGUUGUGAAUGGAUAUACAAGAGAAAAGAAAGUUAAUGUUUGGUGCGGUAAUAUUUCUCACUCUUCACCAAUAAGAACCAUGUGUUUGUUACAUACUUACGGACUCCGGUCUUUUUUUCCUUUUUAUCUUACCCUUUUAAAUGUUAAAUACGUCACUGUUCAUAGUGUUCAAUAUGUCACUGUCUACAGUGUGAUAUACAUCAUUGUUUUCAGUGUGUAAUACGUCACUGUUUACAGUGUAAAAUAGAUCACUGUUCACUUAGUGAAAUACGUCACUGUUUACAGUGUUGUACGUUAUUGUAUAUUAUGGUGAUACAAUUGUUCUUGACUUUUUGUUUUCUGUUUUAUUACAUCUUGUGACUAUUUGCCGGAUUUUGUAGGCGAAUGGAUGCGACUACAAUGUUACUGUCUUCAUGAUAUAAACAUUCGAACCUUA